AGCAGGCCCUGUUUAUGAACGUUUUAUUGUCUGGAUUGAGUUCAACCGGAGGCUGGCAUACAUUCGAGAGCUGUUUGCAAUUGUUUAAAUAAUUAUGGAGGAAUAUACACGAGAGCCUUGUCCCUUUCGCAUCGUCGAGGAUUGCGGCGGCGCCUUCACCAUGGGCGCUGUGGGUGGCGCCAUAUUUCAGGCCAUCAAAGGAUUUCGCAACGCACCCUGCGGGCUACCACGUCGCUUCGCUGGCGGCUUGGCCGCAAUGCGCUCCCGCUCGGGCCUAGUGGGCGGCAGCUUCGCCAUAUGGGGCGGCACAUUCAGUGCCAUCGACUGCAGUUUGGUCUAUAUGCGCGGCAAGGAGGAUCCGUGGAACUCCAUAAUAAGCGGCGCAGCAACUGGCGGCGUUUUAGCGGCACGUGGUGGCAUUACAGCCAUGCUAAGCAGCGCCCUGGUGGGCGGAGUGCUGUUAGCUUUGAUCGAGGGCGCUGGUAUUGCCAUGUCACACUAUACGGCCGAUAACUAUCGCCAGAUAUCGGUGCUGGAGCGCAUGCAGCAUUAUAAUGAACGCCAAAUGCGUCAGCAGCAACAGCAGCAGCAGCAGAUCUCCAGCUUCUAUGCGGAUCAAAACGAGGGCAACUCGUUGCCGGCUUAGACAAUCCGCCACAUCAUCGAUCUAUAGGCAGCACGACCAUCGAAUAUAAAUGUUGAAAAUCA